GUUUUAGUGAAUUACGGUCAAGGGUUAUAAUUGAGUUACUUGUUGCGGCGUGAAAUGUCUAGACUUUUUGCUCGUGUAUUGCUUGGUGCUCGUUUAACAUUCGCUAGUAAAGGGACCCAGAUUUUAAGUAAACCAAGUGCUAUUAGACAUCUAACUACUUCAACUGGGUUCUGUUCAUCUCAAGUUGACCGUCAGCUGAACCAGUUUCUGACGAAUGAGAUUAAACAAGAGAAGGCAAAUGCUUUUUUCUGCAAUCCCCCUGAAGGGUUCCAAGUAGUAGAAACCAAUGGAUGUGAAAUCGUUAUACGCAAAGAAUAUCAAGACGGAGUUUUUGUUGAUGUGGAGAUUAAUUUGGCUGGUAGUGUUUCUCCUAAUAUUUCUGAGGAUGAAAUGAGUACUCCGGAUAGGAUUGAGGAUGAUACCCCCUUGGAGGCUCAUCCUGAUUUGCGUAUCAAACUCUCAAAACCUAGUGGUCGAAGUCUGAUUUUCAACUGCAGUCUUCCGGGACAUGAUGCUGAAAAACAACUUUCCGAAGACGAGUCAAAUGAUCUUCCUACGUACUCCGUGGAUUCAGUUGAAAUUGAACGCAUCCCGGGCUAUUUCGUGUAUACUGAUUUAUUCGAUGAUGAUAUGUAUAAUCAUACAAUGCAAUUACUGGUAGAACGAGGGCUGAACGCAGACUUUCAACGAGAAUUGCAAAACUUCUGUACUUCAGAAGAGCACAAGUUAUAUUUGAAAUUUUUGGACGAAUUCCAGAACUAUUGUAAAGAUUAAUUCUCGAAAAACCGCACCAACGUAGCUACAAUUGUUUAAAUAAUUGCAUUUGACUUUAAACAAUUUUAUUUCAAUAAUUACAAAAUAUUGUACAAAAUAGUUUAUCUUGAGUUCCUAUGUAUUCAACAACUGUUCGCCUGCUUGUGCUAUCGCACUACCUAAACAAAGAUAUGUCUCGU